AUGACUGAAAAGCAUCGUGACUGGCAUGAAAAGCUCCCUUAUGCACUAAUGGCAUAUCGGACUUCUAUCCGAACAUCAACUGGGGCAACACCCUACUCGCUUAUGUAUGGAAUGGAAGCUGUGCUACCUGCCGAGGUCGAAAUCCCUUCACUGCGUAUUCUAAUGGAGACCAAAUUGGAAGAGGCAAAUUGGAUAAAACAGCGUCAUGAACAACUAUCUUUGAUUGAUGAAAAACGGCUUAAUGCUAUUUGUCACGGUCAAUGUUACCAAAAACGCAUGGCCCGGGCCUACAACAAGAAGGUCCAUUUGCGUACAUUUGAUGAAGGCGACAAAGUGCUGAAACGGAUUUUGCCAGUGCAAGAUGAGGCCAAAGGCAAAUUUGCUCCGAAUUGGCAAGGGCUAUUCAUUGUUCAAAAGGGGAAGCGCAUUUUACUGAUACCAGCGAUCUUCAACGCAUAUUCCUGA